UAUGUUGCUCUUUAAACCUAAAUAUUCUGCUUUUUUUAGUGAGAUUAUUACUAAAAAAUAAUUCAAAAAAUGCUGCAGAUAUAAUUAAGAUGGAAAGCCACUUACACCUAUUUAAGUAAAAGCUUUGUAUGAAACUAUGAAACCAAUGAUUGAAGGUAUAUUUAUUGAAAUUAAUUGAAUUUUAGGGUGGAAGGUAACUGAUUUAAGAUUGUUUAAAUAUUUCUAUACUGAAGAUUAUUUAUCUGGAAUUCAAUUUAUAAAGGAUAUUUCAAAAAUUGAUGCUCUUUCAACUAAAAAUUGCCCAAGUGUACAUUUAGUAGGAGGAGAGCUACUUACAUUAGAAUUGUAAUAAUUAGAAAUAUGAAGAUUUUCUCCAUCUUUAAAUGGACUUUCUUAGGUUGAUUUCGAUUUGGCUAUGAGAAUUAAUCAAAUGAAUUUUAAUGAAUAUUUCUUAAUUCCAUUAGAAAGUCUAGAUAAUUAUAAAAAAGAAGUAUAAGCCUAUAAAUUGAAGAAAUAAGCAGAAUAAAUAUAACAAGAGCUAGCAUAAACUUAAAAGUGAA